UUCACUCAGAAGAGAAACCAAAACCAAAACUGGCUGAACUGGGAAUAGCAAACUAGCACUAUAACUGUUUCUACCAUGCAAAAAUUGAAUGCAGCCCGUACUGAGCUUUUUCUGAAGGCAAACACUAAGCGCCACCUCAACGUCACAGUUAACGUUAUGUAAUGUGAGGUAAAGUUAAUUUGUAAGUUUUGCGACAUGUCAUUGCAUUGCUUAAGGCUUGUACAUGCAAGAGAUACGCUAAAGACCUGUUUAGGACAGCGUCGAUUCUUUUUUGAAGGGAAAAAGAAGUUUGACAUGAAGGUGUGCAUCAUUGGAGCGGGGGUCAUCGGCCUCUCCACCGCUCAGAGCAUCUACCAGCACUUCCACGGCAGGGUCACCCCCCUCAACAUAGAGGUGUAUGCUGAUGUCUUGACUCCACUCACCACCAGCGACGGGGCAGCUGGACUCUGGCAGCCGUAUCUGUAUGACAAGGGGAACGUGCAAGAAACUAAAUGGAACAAAGAGACAUUUGACUAUCUACUAAGUUUCCUCAGCUCUCCAGAUUCAGUAAAAAUGGGAAUCUUCCUCCAGUCUGGCUAUAACCUGUGCACUGAACCAAUGGCUGACCCCUCAUUUAAAGACGCUGUGUUGGGCUUUCGCCAGCUGACUAAACGUGAACUAGAUAUGUUCCCAGAUUACAGUUUUGGGUGGUUCAACACUGCUCUCAUGAUUGAAGGAAAGACAUACCUGCCCUGGCUUAUGGACUGGUUACGACAAAGAAAGGUUCAGUUUUAUCAGAGGAAGAUUGGUUCAUUUCAAGAGUUGGCAGAUAGUGGUGCUGAUGUUAUCAUCAACUGCUCUGGUGUCCGAUCAGGAGAUCUACAGCCUGAUCCUGAGCUCAAACCAGGCAGAGGACAGAUCAUUAAGGUAGAUGCUCCAUGGUUAAAGCACUGGAUUCUCACGCAUGAUUCCUCAUCAGGAGUCUAUAACUCACCAUACAUCAUUCCUGGGAGUCGUUUAGUCACUGUGGGUGGAGUUUUCCAAAUAGGAAACUGGAAUCUGCAGAACAGUUCUGAUGACCAUAAAAGAAUUUGGGAAGCCGCCUGCAAGCUUGAGCCCAGUCUACAGCAUGCACGGAUAGUAGAGGACUGGACUGGUCUCAGGCCCUCACGCAGCAAAGUUAGACUGGAGAGAGAGACCAUGCGAUCUGGAUCACACGCGUUUGAGGUCAUCCAUAACUACGGACAUGGAGGUUUUGGACUGACCAUCCAUCGUGGAUGUGCUGAGGAAGCCGCUCGGCUCUUUGGACUGAUCCUGGAGCAGAAAUCACGUCUGUAAUAGAUCUGGACUUCUGGACAGUAUUAUCCAUCCAGUAUUCUCUAAUACGUUCUCUAAUCUAAUAACAAUGUCAUACUGAUUCUAUAAUACAUUUCACUAUAUUUACCUGCACUAAUCUACAAUAAAGACACAUACUAUUUUUCA